AUGCAGUCUUCGUCGCCCAAAGCCUCGAAGCGCUCUAGCGACGAGAAGCCAGACUUGGACAUUGAAUUCGGCAAGGCUAGUCCUCUGCGUAAUCCGCUGCAUGGUACCAAGAAGCCUUCGCCGAGCAUCUUUGCUCCCAAGUCCAGACCACAACACUCAAUCCGACCUACGAUGGCCCCUCGACAGCCAUCAGACCCGCAGCAAGGUUUCCGUGUGAUGGGCCAGCAGCCGGUAUCUUCGUCCUCGUACAACACCAACGCUCCAUCUCUUGGUGCUGCACAAGAUGCCAUGGCACAGCAGUACCAGCGCAGCUUUGAGCCAGGUGCGACCCACGUCUUCAAGCCGGUCAACCCGCCUAUGAGAACAGUCUACCCUCAGUCGAAGCCAACCUUCACAUCGGCGGGCACGAACGGUUUUAGGAAUCCGCUCUAUUCUCCGCCGCAGGUGGUUGAUCUUACGAAGACUCGAGAUGAUGACGAGGAAGACGGCUUCGAUCCAGACGCUGCGAUCAGGGCUGAUAGCCGGAAGUUUGGCUCUGAAGACCCUUACAUGUAUGUGGAUUCUAACAAGGCCAACGAGAACAUCAAGGGUCUGCUCGAAGGCGCCUUUGAUGAUGAGGAAGAGAAGGGUCAGACUAGACUUCGUCGUCGGGUGAAGAAGGUCUCGAAGGAAGACACGACCAGCAAGAGCUUCGCAGACAAACUCGCCAACCUGAGCAUCAAAGAGGAGAUCAAGCAAGAAGAUGAAGCUGAAGAGGAGGCUGAAGAAGAUGGGACGGUCGACGGUCUUGCGGUCAAGCUGCUGCCACAUCAAGUCGAGGGCGUGUCCUGGAUGAUCGACAAGGAGAUUGGCAAGGUCAAGACGAAGGGAGUGAUUCCACGGGGAGGGUGCCUAGCCGACGAUAUGGGACUUGGGAAAACGAUACAAUCUGUGACGCUGCUGUUGACCAACCCACGACCAGCCUUGGACGCCAAACCAGAGCACAAGAACCAGAAGCUGCCAGGCAAAGACAUCGGCAAAGGCACGCUUGUCGUGGCUCCCUUGGCCUUGAUCAAGCAAUGGGAGUCUGAGAUCAAGACCAAGGUCACGAAGAGCCAUGCUAUGAAAGUCCUCGUCCAUCAUGGACCGAGCCGCACAAAAUCCAGCGCUGAACUGAACAAGUACGAUGUAGUCAUUACCACGUACCAAACACUGACUUCGGAACACGCUGGAUCGAACAUGGCUGUUGCUGGAGGAGCGAGGAUCGGCUGUAUGGGAGUCAACUGGUACCGUCUGAUCCUGGAUGAAGCCCACAGCAUCAAGAACCGCAGUGCCAAAUCCACACUGGCAUGCUGCGCUCUGAACAGCUGGUAUCGAUGGUGUUUGACAGGCACGCCGCUGCAGAACAAUUUGGACGAGUUGUUCUCCUUGAUAAAGUUUCUGAGAAUCAAGCCAUACUGCGAGUUGACAAAGUGGAAGUCGGAUAUCAUCCAACCCAUGAAGAGCGGCCGAGGUGGUCUUGCCAUGAAGAGACUGCAGUACUUCCUUCGAACAUUCAUGAAGCGUCGAACGAAAGACAUCUUGAAGGAAGAAGGUGCUCUGAACUUUGGCGGCAAGACAGGUGCUGAUGGCGCGAAGAGUGGCGGAAUGCAAAUCGUCAAGCGUGAGGUUGAGAUUGUUGAGUGCGACUUCGACGAGGAGGAGCAACUGUUCUACAGUCGCCUCCAAGCCAGAGCCGACGCUCGACUGCAAGACAUGAUGGACGGCAACCACAAGACAGACUACAUGGGCGCACUUGUGAUUUUGCUCCGGUUGAGGCAAGCUUGUAACCACCCUCAACUCAUUGAGAAGUCCAUGAACAACGACAAGGACGCCUUGACUACCGGCUCGCAAACGCAACGAAAGACGGGCAGCGUGGAAGACGACGAAAUGGACAACCUCGCAGCCCUGAUGGGAGGCGUGAGCGUCCAAGCCAAGCACUGCGACGUCUGUCAAGUGAAGCUUUCUUCCGCCGAGGCAAGCUCAGGGGCAGUGCGGUGCUCAGAGUGCGAGGCUGACCUUGCUAUGAUCAAGAAGAGCAAGAAGUCGAAGAAGGCCAUGAAAUCGAAGAAGCCGGACAAAAAGAAUGUCAAGACUGAAGUCAAGCCUGAGCCUCGUCACACUCGAAACCGCAAGGUCGUGGUGGACAGCGAUGACGAAGAUGAGAGUGAAGGCGAGUGGAUUGCCAAUGGGCCAGAGAAGAACAUCGACCUUGGCGAGGCUGGCGGCAGCGACGAUGAAGACGCUGAAGGCGGCGGCGAGACUCUUGAUACCAUUGAUUCUGAGCGCAGCGAUGAGGACGACUCGAACGUGGUUGAUUCCCCGGACCGUGCCAAGAGACAAGCCCAUGCUACGGAGGACUCUGAAGACGAAUCUGUAGACGAGGACGAGGAUGAGGACGAGGAAGACGAAAGUGAAGAGGAGUCUGAGGAAGAAGAGUCCGACUCCGAGGCUGAUGUCCUUCGCGGCAUGGGACCAAGCGGCAAGACGAGACACACACCUUCCACCAAAAUUCGACAUCUGCUGCGCAUCCUGCACAGAGAAUCGCCCAAGCACAAGACAAUCGUCUUCUCCCAAUUCACGACUAUGCUGGACCUGAUCGAGCCUCACCUCAAGCACGGCGGCAUUUCGUUCGUUCGUUACGAUGGCAGCAUGAAGCCUGACGAGCGCGAGAAGUCCCUCAACUCGCUACGAACCAAUCCCAAGACCCGCGUUCUGCUGUGCUCCCUGAAGUGCGGUAGCUUGGGUCUCAACCUCACUGCUGCAUCACGCGUUGUCAUCAUCGAGCCAUUCUGGAACCCCUUCGUAGAGGAGCAGGCCAUCGACCGCGUCCAUCGCCUAAACCAAACCGUCGACGUCAAGGUCUUCCGUUUGACCAUGCGCACCAGUGUCGAGGAGCGCAUCAUUGAACUCCAGGAGAAGAAGCGCGAGCUCGCCAAAGCUGCCAUCGAAGGCGGCAAGGGAGCCGGCAAACUGUCCAUGCAAGACAUUCUCGGGCUCUUCAAGCACGAUGCAGCCGAUGGAGCUCACGAUGCCCAAGAUCAAGCCUUGUGGGCGAAGUUUGGCAAUGAGAGUCGUCUCUUGGAUGGAGCGACUUUUGCGGAUGCUCAAGAGAUGGGCCAUCUCACCUCGAGAAGCACUGAGCAGAGACCAAAGGGGAGGCCUGUUCAGGAACAUGACGUCUUCGGUCGUCGUUGGUAA